AUGAAUUAAUUCAAGAAUAGUAAAUUAAAUACUUUAGGAUAUGUCAGAAAUUAUCACUCUGAUUUUGGUUCAUCUAAUAUAAUCAAUCAUACACUAUAUCAUAAAUAUGCAUCUUCUCAAAAUUAUUACUUCACAAAAGAAAUUAAUGAUAUUUUAAGUAAAAACCGAACUUCAGCAACAAUUAAGUUUUAUGUAACCAAUUCAUGAAUAAUUCAGGAUGAUAUGUAAUAUUUAGAGAAUGAUGAAUGUAUGUCGAGAGUUUAUUAUUUUGAUGAUUACUAUUCUAAAAUUUAAUUGCUGGUUGAGUUUUAUAAAUAUCAUCAUGAUUUGCCUAGAUUUACUGUAGAUGAAGAAAUCAUAUAAAUUUUGAAUUUGUAUUAUGAUAAAAAGAGGAAAUUGGAGUACUAUAAAAUAUAGAGAUAAAUAGAAUAUGAAAAUUUAAAGAAUCCUGAUCAACCAUAAAAAGGAAUAGUUGGAGAUAAACCUAUUGAAUCAUAAAGUACUCCACAAUCUGAAAUUAAUGGAGAUUCUACUAUAAACAAUAAUAUAGAAAAUAUUCUGUAAGAUGUUAUUACCUAGUAGAAAAGCUAAAAUUAAAUUUCUCAAUAAGAUAUAAGUUAAAUUACAAAAUUUUAGGAUGACUAAAAGGGUGAAAUUCAAUAAAUGCUUGAUAUUUUUAAUUAGGGAAACUAAAAGAAUACAUAAAAAUAUUCAUUUUAGAAAAAUAUUAGUCCAUCUUUAAGUUAACAUCAUAAAUUAAAUGAAUAGAUAAUACCACAUUCCAAUCAUAAAUAAUACACUUAAUAACAUUAAAAUUUUAGAAUACCUUAAACAACAACAAGAUAUCCAUCUUCUUCUUUAAGUAGAAAUUUGAAAACAUCUUCCCAUGAAAAAAAACUUGAUAAUAAUUUUACUCAUUUAUUUAAUAAGUGUCCCUAAAGAAAAAGAAUAAAAAUAGAAAAUAAAAAUGAAAUUAAGAAAGAUUUUAAGAAAUCAGUCCCAGAUAUUAAAUCUUUAGGAAUAAGAAUCUUAGCUUGUAUGAAUUAAAUAGAAAAAUAUAAAAUGAAUACAAAAUGUGUAUCUUCACUAGAUAAUAAAGAAUUACAAAAGAUUUUAUUUUCAGUUCAUUAACCUGCAUUCUCAUCAAAUAUUAAACUAUAUAAAGGUUCAUCAACUCAAUCUAUUAAAAUAUCUCAAUAAAUUAAUACAUAAGAUGAUUAAAUAAUUAAUUAAAGCCCAAUUAAUUUUCAUACUACUUAAACUCCAAGAACAAACUAGGAUGGUUCUAACUUUUUCAAAAAAUAAUUCUUAGAGUAAAAAUAAAAGGAUAAUGCAAAGGUUUUAAGAAGACUUAUGGUAUAUAAGAAGGAUAAUCUUAUCAAAACUCAAAAAGAUUUACGCUAAAUCCCAAAACUUAAUCUUAAUAGAGUUAAUAACUUGAAUACUAAUUCAUGUUGUAAUACUCUUAGAAUAAAUGGAUUCAAUCAAAAUAUUGCUAACUAAUUAACACCAAAAUCUUUCACUUUUAGAUCUAGAAUCAAUAAUAUAAUAAGUUAGUAAAUAAAAACAAUGUAAAAUAAUUACAAAAAAAACUCAAUUAAACAAUGA